AAGGAGACAUUAAGAAGGCUGUUAAGCCAGCCAAAGAAGCACUGAAGGGGAAGAAAGCGGAGAAGGAGGUGAAGGCUUCGAAGGAGAAGGCUAAGGAGAUCAAGACGAAGGGUAAAGGUAAGAAGAAGGAGGAAGAGGAGGAGGAAAGUGAGACCGAGUCUAGUGACUCUAGCGAUUCGAGCGAUUCGAGCGAUUCGAGUGAUUCUGAGGGUGAGAAAGAUUCUAGUGAUUCUAGUGAUUCUAGCGACUCGUCUGAUUCUAGUGAUUCUAGUGAUUCUGACGACUCUAGCGACUCUGAUAGUUCUGAGAGCUCUGAUUCAGAGUCUGACUCUGAGGAGGAAGAGAAGAAGGAGAAGACAGAGAAGAAGAUAAAAGAAGAAAAGAAGGAAGAAAAGAAGGAAAGUUCUGAUAGUUCUGAUAGUUCUGACAGUUCUGACAGUUCUGACAGUUCUGAUUCCGACAGUUCUGACUCCGACAGUUCUGAUUCUGACAGUUCCGACUCCGAUAGCUCUGAUUCUUCUGAUUCUUCGAGCUCUGAUUCUUCGAGCUCUUCUGACUCUGAGUCCGAGGAAGAGAAGGAGAAAAGUACGGCGAAGAAGAGCUCCAGUAGCGAUAGUGACAGCUCUGAUAGUGACAGCUCUGAUAGCGAAGACUCUGAUAGUGACAGUUCAGACAAUGCCAGCUCUGAGUCUGCAUCUGAUGCCUCAGAGCCUCGCAAGAGAAAGGCUGAAGAAGAGCAAGAGACCCCAACUAAGAAACCUAAGGAGAUGGCCACUCUGUUUGUCGGAAGACUGGCGUGGGCAGUCGACGACCGCAGACUUUUAGAGGAGUUCCAAUCUCUGGACGGAGUUUUGUCUGCCAGAGUGAUGACUGAGCGGGAAACCGGUCGUUCGAGAGGGUACGGAUACGUUGACUUCGAGUCCAAAGAACAGGCACAGAAAGCCCUGGAACAGUUCCAGGGCAAGGAGAUCGAGGGCAGACCAAUUAAUCUUGACAUGUCGACUUCGAAGCCUCAGACACCGUCUCAGAACCAGAAGUUCCAGGACAGAGCCAAGAAGUACGGCGACACUCCGUCGCAGCCUUCUGACACCCUGUUUGUGGGAAAUCUCUCGUUCCAGGCCGACAGAGACACUUUGAAGGAGUUCUUUGAGCAGCACGGUACCGUUUUGGGCAUCAGGAUCCCUACCCACCCUGAGUCCGAGCAGCCUAAGGGAUUCGGAUACGUCCAAUUCAGCACUGUUGACGAGGCCAAGGCGGCUUUGGAGGCCCUGAACGGCGAGUACAUUGCUGGCAGACCUGUGCGUCUGGACUUUAGUGCUCCAAGAGACCCUAACGGAGGUUCUCGUAACGGCACGCCUACCCCUCGAGGUGGCCGUGGAGGAUUUGGCGGCGGACGCGGGGGAGCUCGCGGUGGCUUCGGCAGAGAGCGUUCCAGCGGAAGCGGCUCCAAUUCCAUUCCUGUGGCCUUCAAGGGUAAAAAGAAGACUUUCGACUAAAUUAAUCGAUUGGUGGGAAAUUGUUUUGUACUUUAUAAAAAAUA